UUUUUCAGCUCUGCUAAUAGUGGAAAGGGAAGAAAUAAAGCAAUGCUGCAGGCACUGACUGGACUACAGUUUCAGCUCAGAGGAAAGCUACGGGAUCAAGAGUGGACAGACAAAUACCCUCAAGAAGAAGCCCAUGCACGUUAUUCACAGUGCCAUAUGCCAGUUUCACAGUAUCCUGGGUUCAAUGGCUUUUUUCCACUGGGAACACACUUUUCAUCAGACAAAGCUCCAGCAAUCUCAGAGGUACAAACACACUUGGAAAAUCAGUCUAGAUACCAUAUCCAGCAAAGCCAGAGGCACCAGGUGAAGCAGUAUCUGACCCUUGACACCAAGCUGUCCAGCCAGACCCUCUCCCUGUCUCACUCCCACACAAUCCAGCCUGCAGGAGUGACCUCCAUUUUAAGGAAUGGACACAUGCCUCCCGUCAGUGAUAUUGGCACACCAGAGAGCCCUAUUACCAAGCUGCUGGCCCUUGGAGGAGAACAUGAAAAUGCGAUGGAAGAGGUUAUUGAAGACAUAAUCAAUAUGGAAUCAAGUUUUAAUGAUGAAGGGAUAGGUUGCUCUGAAACUCCUCUAUUAAUGCAAAGAACCCUAUCUAGCAGCAUUUUGGAUAUAUAUAACAGUGACCAGGGAAUGACACCAGCUAAUAUGGGUCUCACAAAUGCUUCUUGCCCAGCUAAUCUACCAGUAAAAAGGGAACUCACAGAAGCAGAUACAAGAGCAAUGGCCAAGGAGAGACAAAAAAAGGAUAACCACAAUCUCAUCGAGAGAAGAAGAAGGUAUAAUAUUAAUUACCGAAUCAAGGAGCUUGGCACACUCAUCCCCAAGUCUAAUGAUCCUGAUAUGCGCUGGAACAAAGGAACUAUUUUAAAAGCAUCAGUGGAGUACAUCAAGUGGCUACAAAAAGAACAACAGAGAGCCAGAGAAUUAGAACACAGACAGAAGAAAUUAGAGCACGCUAACAGAAGACUUCUGCUUCGAAUUCAGGAACUAGAGAUUCAGGCACGUGCUCAUGGCCUUCCAGUCAUAUCUUCACUCAGUGCUGUAGAUUUAGCUGCACAGGUCAUCAAGCAACAGUCAUAUCCAGAGGAGAACUCUGUAGACUACUCUCAACAAAUGCCUUUGGCACAUGGACAAAAUUCUACUAUUUGUGAUGGAUCUACAGCCUUUUCUGAUCCACUUUCACACUUUACCGACUUGUCCUUCAGUGCAGCUUUAAAAGAAGAGCAACGACUAGAGGAAAUUUUACUGGAUGACACAGUAUCACCAUUUGGAGCAGACCCGCUCUUGUCUUCCACAUCCCCAGCUGCAUCAAAAGAGAGCAGCAGGAGAAGCAGCUUUAGCACAGAUGAUGGAGAUGAUUUAUAAAAGCAGAAAGGGCCUCACACUUCCUUAAACCACUUUCUAAAAGACUUAGUUGAGCGUAAGCAUGGUGUUUGUGCUUGUUUCAAAUACAAAUAUGGAGAACCACUGCGAAGAUAACAGCCAAGAGUUUAAAUCAGUCCUUACUUCACAGGAAAAUGAGAAGGACAUGAACUCAUAUCACUUUGCCCCAAAUUCACACCAUCUAUUCACAGCUAACAUUUGCACAAAUCUUUCUUCACUGGAAAUGUUUUGAUAAUUGUUCCAUGACUUUUUACAGCACUAUGAAUAUGGUUACGACAAAAGGAAUAUCCAUGUUACACAAAUGUAUUCAGACUCUUUUCAAUCUAUAUGUAUAUUUAUCUGUUAUAAAGAUGAGUUAGUCAUUUGUUAUUUUCUUUUUUUUUUUUUUUUCAUAACUAAAAUGAGAAUUUUGUAUUAAAAAUUCUACAAAGCAUGAGAAACAAUAGGGAAAUAUUUAAACUGGGAACUGUAGAAAUGUUACAGGUUCUAAAAUCUGAAAAAAACAAAUGGUAAUGCAUUUGCACAAGUGAAGAGACCAUGAAUUUAAAACCGCAUAGACUUGUUUUUAAAAUGAGAAAAUACAUUAAGUUUUUCAUGCAAUCCUGUUUUUUUUUUUUUUUUUUAAUAUAUAUAUAUAAUUUCAUUUGUAGAAAGAGAUCAGACUUUUAAUAUAUAUUUUAAUGAUACAGAUGAAAAAUGGAAACUAACAUAAUGACAGAGACUCAAAGGAACUCAGAGAGAAAAAGAUAUGACAUUUCAGCAGAAAGUAUUCAGAAAGACUGUAUGGAUGUACAAGACUGAACAAAGAUAAUUCACGUUAAAAUUAGCACAAUUUAAAACAAGCACUACUGGUAACAGUGCUGCAUUAGCUGCUUAUUCCAAGAGUAUUCAAAGUGUGUCCUUCUUUCUGUGGAAGGGAUCAGAGUAUUUACACAUGCCAGUGUGCUUCUGGACAAUCCUUUCAAUGUCCUUGGGCAGCACACUAAGGUUUUGGUGAAGGGACUCUAUCUUAUCCAUACCCAAGCUUUGAUCCAUUUGGAAAUGGAGGAACAUGAACAAAGUCCCAGUAAACGUAUUGAAACAAGGAGAAUUUAAUUUCAAAUUUGCAGAAAAGACAGGAAGACUUCAAACCAAAGGGGAUAUUCAGAAGUGUUGAUGUGAUGCACUGCUUUCCAUAACUUGCAUUCUAGGAGUGGGCACUCAUGACACAUGUUUUGACGACUCGAUAAAUGCAUAUCAUUUCAAUACACAGUGAAAUUCUGGAGGGUGAUGUAUGUUGCUGCAGUACAUGAAGUGCAAUCAUUCUUAUUGUAACAUUAAUACAUGAGAAAUAAACUGGCAUAAGUUCUUCAUAGCUCUUCCUCAACCAAAGCCAAAAGAACACAUCUGGGAGUCCUCUAAUAAUUCCAAAUAUAUUUCUAAUGUAUGUAUUAAGUAUUGGUGUCACUGAGCCCUGCUUCAUUCUUCAGAAAUGUCACAUGAUCAGGAACAGAGAUGGAAAUGGAUUUCUAUUUGUGUGAAUGGUUUAAAUGUAUUUAAAUGUACUUAAACAUUAUCCAAGAACAAAGCAUUUGUUUCCUCCUAUUGCCUACUGGUACCUGGGUCCUCCUAAUAGUCCUCAUGAGGUCUGUAUUCAUCCAGGGCCAUAGGCCAUUCCUGACUGACCCUGUAAUAUCAUAAUAGUUUUUUAAUUGGAAAGUUAGCAGUGAAAUAACAAAUUACAUCUAGAUGGCUAUGAAAGAUGAUGGAAUAUCCAACCUCAUGAGAAUAUUUAUGUUUUUAGGAAACUUGAUGAUUUCUGUGAGCCUAUGAAAACUGCUUGGAUAUAAGUCGAGCAGAGCAGAAUUGAUAGUUUUGUCACAUAUGUAUGAGUUCCCAGAUAGCCCAACACAAACCUGACCCUUCUUAGAAGCUCUGAUAUGCUUCCACUGUAUGGUUAAAAUUUAAUCAAAACAACAAACUCAUUUUUAUUUAUUUUUUUAACAUGGAGGAAAGGAAUGGAAAAACAAAUGAACAAAAUUAACAAAAGGUAAAAACAAACAAUAGGCAAUUGAACAUAGAGCUGAUGAUCAUUUUAAUUGGAGCGCUUCUAUAAAUUCGGCUCAAUAGAUCUCACUUUGUCAUAGUUUUGCCAAAGACUAGCUAAUAUUGACAUUCAAAUACAGAAUACGAUGAAUUGAAAGUAACAUUUAUUCCCACUUUAUGUCUAGUGUAGGAUAUGUACUGUCCACAUCAGCUGAUGAAAGGAGGAGAUACUUGGUUGACAUCAAACACCAUUUGUCCUUGUACUGCAGUUUCUACUACAUUGGUUUUAAAUACGCCAGUGUGGGUUGCUCAUAGUGGAGAAAAAGAAAUUAAAUAUGAAUGUAUAACAUGAUUUUCCCAUUGAACUUUUGCAUGGGAGUUAGGCCACUCUUCUGAACUAUAUUGACUUUAAAUAACAUCCUGAGUUUCAUCACUUUUAUAAGCACUGUUCUAAAAAACAUUAUAGUGCAUCCAUUAAAUUUUUUUAAAGUUGAUCUUCAUUCUUCUGACAAUUGCUUCAGUCUAAAGCACCAGAUUUUUUUUUUUUCCUCUUCCUGCUUGAGAAAUCUAACAGGAGAUAGGAAAUGCUCCUUUUGCAAUAUACUGUAUUGCAUCUAUCAUUAAGCAUAUUCAAGCUGUCUUCAUUCACACAUGAACCCCAAUACCCCUAACCAAAACACUAAAUGUAUCUUUACGUGUGGGUUUGUAUUAUGGUGAUGUUGUUUCACUACCAUUCCAUUUUUUUUUUUUUUUUGUAAGAAGUCAUCAUAAUUAGUGUUUUCACUAAUAACAAUAACCUGUAUUACACGUCACUGUUGAAAUUAAAUGGUGAUACAGGGCACCAGAAAUGAUAAGCUAGGGCACCACAUAGGCGGUGCUGAAGGUAUUUAGAAGUUUCUGCUGGUAUCUGUAUCCCCGACUUUUUGGAAUAAGCAGUUGGUCUCCCACCUCAAUUUGGUGAGAUUGCUGUGAAGCUGGGAGGGCUUUUGGAGCAGAGCAGAGCACAGUGACUUCUGGCUUGGACAGAGGAAAGGGACUGCAUGACUACAGGGACAAAUCCUGACAUCCUUCCUCAGACAGAAUUUCUUUCCUAUGCCGGGGAGUUUUACUUGACUAAAAUGUGGUGCAUGCAAAACACAAUUUGUGCUCUUUCCUAUACAGAUCUAUUUAAAAAAAUCUCUCAAAAAAGAGAUGCAUAAUUUGUCUGUGGUUCUAGGUCUAGAAAAGAAUUUAAAGAUGUACAGAAUUUGACCUCAAUCAGGGCAUGGGUGAGAAGAACUGGCUAUUUUUGUCAAAAUGUAUUAAAUGAGGAAUUCUUGCUUGUUUUCAGUAGCAGCUGUUCAAAACUGGUGGACACGUUCUUACAGAAUACAUAAACCAGCAGACUGAUAAUUACAUAAAAGGAAAGGGAGCUGAAAUGUUAACAUCCCGUUUAAUUCAUGAAAUGGAUAUAGAUACUAUACUAAGAACAGAAACAUAAAUUAUUUUUCACUGUGCAUAGCACAGAUAGCAUGAAAAGCUACAGUAAGUGCAGUUUUAACAAACAGAAUACAGUUGUUUUAUAUAGUAAAAUAACUAAAUAUAAUUCAGUCAUUUAAUCUUAAUAAGAACACUGCUAUUGUAAUACCUUUUGACUUUAAUAGGGCUGUAUAUAUGAAUGGAGGAUGUAAAAUUAUUGUAAUUUAAAAUUAUGUUAAGUCUCUUAGAUAAGUAAAGGCAUUUACAUUACUAUUAUGAGACUGUAGAAUAUUUUUAUAAUAAUUGCUAUUUUUCAUUGUUAACCAUAUAGUAUCUUGUUUUCUAAGUCAAUGUAUGCAGACAGAAUGUACUUUAUUACACACUGUAUAUGCAGUCUUUUUGAAAUUACAUUUUAUACAUGCUGGUAUUUUAUGUUUAUUAUAUGAAUACAAUUAAAGGUCUGAAAUUAAAACAUUUCUUUAUAUGUCUCUUGUGAAACUUCACUAUCCAGUCCCACAAAGAAUGCCAUCACAAGACAAUAUAAUAACAUCCGCUAAGAGCAUCUGAGAUACCUAACAGACAAAACACUUCACAACUGCUAAACAUUUAGUCCAUUAUGAUACAUCAUGAUCCAGUAGCCUCCCAUUAAUAAAAAUAAUUGAUACAUUCUUUAAUAUGGUCUCCUGCCAUCUGCUUAUUCCUGCUGCUAAGGCUUUGAUUUAUGGAAAGUGUUUUCAGAAUGUUGAAAAAUUGCUAGCAGGCAUGAUGAUAUCAGUUAAAUCACUAAGAAGCUCUACAAAAACCUUUUAAUGUACUAGAUGUUCCCCAGACAAUUUAGGAUAAACAGAAUAUUGUAUUUUAAGAUGUAAAACAUUUUUUUAAAGCUGAUAAUUAGGUAGCAUUUUGUCGCUAAAAGAUAUUCUUGCUUAAUAAAUUAAGUAAGGAUUUGGGUUGCAUUUUGAAUUCCUAAUACAAAAAGUGCUGCUUUCUUUAGAAUAUAUUUGGUGCUUUCUGUUCAUGACAUGAUGUAAAAAUUGUUAAGUAGUGAUAUAUAUUUCAGCUAUAGUUUUGUAAUAGUUCAUUUGUUUCACGUAAAAUAGUGCUCAUUGUUUGUGUAUAUUAGAUAAACAUUUUAUUUGUACUA